AUGAGCAAAACCACGGCUCAGCCCUGGCAGCCUGUACAAAACGUCCAGCUGAACCUUUCGCAGAAAGCUAUGGCAAAGGCUGACACCUGGAUCGAUGUCACCUUCCAGCUUGCCAUCGAAAUGUUGUCUGGAGUAGUGGAGCUCAAUGCUGGUCUGACCGCCCGCCCCCGUUUCAACAACGAAUUUUCCUUUGGCGCCUCGCAGAGCGUCAACGAGACAUGUGGUGUUAUCCAGCCCACAGACGGCAUGGUAUGUGGCCAGGGUGUAAGCAUCAAAAGCGGCUUCUCUUUUAGCCUGUUGGCUUUUUCGUCAAUAGUCUCUGGUCACGUACGCUUUACAGCGUCCAAGUUCCUACUGUAG